AACACAAUCAGACACUACAACUCAGAUUCGCAACAUAUCUACAGAUAUGGGCGUCGCACGAGAAACAAAAAGAAGGCGACUGUCGCCCUCUGAUGAUGACAAUUCGUCAGCGGCACCGAAAUCCAAAGCAAACAAAGUCUCUGCCAACAUUCAGAAUGCAUUCUACAGUCGCGCAGCAGAGUGGGAUCUAGAACAGGAUUACGAACGUCGACCACGGAAGGGCAAGAACAAAAAAGAGAAAGAGAAGACCCGGUUACCUAUCAAAACCUCCGAAGGACUUGUUCAUGUCGAAGAGCCGGAAGAGGCUGCUGCGAGUGAUGCGGAUAGUUUUCUUGAUACGGAUUCCGAUGGUGGAAAUGGCAAGGAUGAAAAUGAGGAAGCAGAAACUGAAGAAGAGGAAGUCGAGUCGGCGCCCAAGGUACCCUUGAAGAUACUUAUCGUUCAAGCAAAAGAAGAAAUGGCCAGAAUCGCAACGUUGAUCAAUGAAGAUCCCGAAGAACAUAUUGGAUUGUUCAAGAAAUUAGCAGACUUUGUGGAUAAGGAAAAAACACAUGUGGCCAUUAGGAAGCUUGCUCUCGCUACACAUGCUGCAGUUUUCAGGGAUGUCAUUCCAGGGUACAGAAUUCGUCCUCUCGGCGAAGAGGUCAACAAAAACGAAAAGCUCUCAAAGGAAGUCCGAAAAUUGCGAAGUUACGAACAAUCAUUGCUAUCGUCUUAUAAGCAUUACGUUCAACAAUUAACCAACCUAUCGAAAGGUGGGAGCAAAGGCAGUGAAGACAACGCGGCAAAUAGCAUACGAACGGUCGCAAUCAACUGUGCUUGUAACAUGCUCCUCUCUGUACCUCAUUUCAAUUUCCGGACUGAACUCUUGAAAAUCCUUGUCAAUCGACUUUCCAAACGCCGUAUAGAUGCAAACUUCAUCAAGAGCCGCGAAACGAUGGAAGAUAUCUUUGCCAAAGACGACGAUGGAAUCGUCUCGCUUGAAGCAGUGAGCCUGUUAUCCAAAAUGAUGAGAGCAAAGGACUUUAAUGUCCAUGAAUCCGUCCUCAAUACAUUCCUGCAUCUCCGUUUAUUAUCUGAGUUUUCAUCCAAGGGUUCACGAGAUCGCGUUGAUCGUAACGAGGACGACGAUCAGGGAGGUACUUCGUUGCAAGGCAAGAAAAAGAACAAAAAGGAGUUUCGCACUAAAAAGGAACGCAAGUUACUUCGGGAUCGCAAGGCCGUUGAGAAGGAUAUGCGCGAAGCAGAUGCGUUGGUGAGCCAUGAAGCGCGCGAGAAGAAUCAAGCUGAGACGCUGAAAUUGGUCUUUGGCACGUACUUUCGAAUUCUUAAAUUGCGAACUGAGACAAAACUCAUGGGAGCUGUGCUGGAAGGGUUGGCCAAAUACGCACAUCUGAUCAAUCAGGACUUCUUUGGUGAUGUUCUCGAAGCUUUGAAAGAGCUUGUUGAGCAAAUUGCAAUCAAAGAUGGAGCGGCAGGCGGAGAUGAGAAAGCAAAUGAUGAAGGCCCUGAUAAUGACGAGGAGAUAAACUAUGAAGAAGAAGGAUUGCUCACUUUAAGACAAUCCACCCGCCAAGUCUUACUCUGCACAAUCACUGCAUUCGCACUUCUCGAAGGCCAAGAUGUCAGCAAAUCUGCUUCGUCACUCCAUCUCGACCUCGGAUUUUUCAUCACCCAUCUAUAUCGUACCCUGUAUUCCCUUGCCCUCAACACCGAUAUCGAAUACAACCCUGAAAAAUCCCUCCGUCUCCCCGACCCAGGCACCUCAACCGCCAACUCUCAACCCGAUAAUAACGACGAUAACAAGCGCAAAAACAAAAUCAACUUCCAAACCCCAAUGGUCCUCCUCCUCCGCUGUCUCCAAUCAACUCUCCUCUCCCGCAGCCACGGCAUCGCACCACCUAUCCGUCUCGCAGGUUUCACAAAGAGACUAGUGACAACCUCCCUCCAACUCCCCGAGAAAUCAUCCAUAGCGAUGUUGGCUCUCCUCACCAAAGUGGUGAAGCAACAUGCACGUAAGAUUGCGCCGUUGUGGAAUACGGAAGAACGGAAAGGGGAUGGUGUUUUCAAUCCCUUGGCGGCUGAUGUUGAGAAGAGUAAUGUGUUUGCGGCUACGGUUUGGGAAGGGGAGUUGUUGAGGAUUCAUUAUUGUCCGGAAGUUAGAGAGGCGGCGUUGGGGAUUGAAAAGUUGGUUGCUUCUGGGUAGUGUCCUCAUUUAUGUGUAGUGAUCAUAUAAAAGUGCUUAAGAGUUCCCGGGCCAUACAGAAUAAUGAAAUUUACACGUGC